AUGCUGCCCUGGAGACGUAACAAAUUCGUGCUGGUGGAGGACGAGGCCAAGUGCAAGGCGAAGAGCCUGAGCCCGGGGCUCGCCUACACGUCGCUGCUCUCCAGCUUCCUGCGCUCCUGCCCGGAUCUGCUGCCCGACUGGCCGCUGGAGCGCCUGGGCCGCGUGUUCCGCAGCCGGCGCCAGAAAGUGGAGCUCAACAAGGAGGACCCGACCUACACCGUGUGGUACUUGGGCAACGCCGUCACCCUGCACGCCAAGGGCGACGGCUGCACCGACGACGCCGUGGGCAAGAUCUGGGCGCGCUGCGGGCCGGGCGGGGGCACCAAGAUGAAGCUGACGCUGGGGCCGCACGGCAUCCGCAUGCAGCCGUGCGAGCGCAGCGCCUCGGGGGGCUCCGGGGGCCGCAGGCCGGCGCACGCCUACCUGCUGCCGCGCAUCACCUACUGCACGGCGGACGGGCGCCACCCGCGCGUCUUCGCCUGGGUCUACCGCCACCAGGCGCGCCACAAGGCCGUGGUGCUGCGCUGCCACGCCGUGCUGCUGGCGCGGGCGCACAAGGCGCGCGCCCUGGCCCGCCUGCUCCGCCAGACCGCGCUGGCGGCCUUCAGCGACUUCAAGCGCCUGCAGCGCCAGAGCGACGCGCGCCACGUGCGCCAGCAGCACCUCCGCGCGGGGGGCGCCGCCGCCUCGGUGCCCCGCGCCCCGCUGCGCCGGCUGCUCAACGCCAAGUGCGCCUACCGGCCGGCGCCCGCCGAGCGCGGCCGCGGGGCGCCGCGCCUCAGCAGCAUCCAGGAGGAGGACGAGGACCAGGACGAGGAGGCGGAGGAGCGCGAGGAAGGAGCCCCCCAGCGCGAGCGGCCGGAGGUGCUCAGCCUGGCCCGGGAGCUGAGGACGUGCAGCCUGCGGGGCGCCCCGGCGCCUCCGCCGCCCUCGCAGCCCCGCCGCUGGAAGGCCGGCCCCCGGGAGCGGGCGGGCCAGGCGCGCUGA